AUGAAGAUUUUGCUGCUGAGUGCUGUGGUGGGGUUGCUCUGGGGGCUCCGGGUUGGAGCGGAAAUUGGCACCCAGCCAAACUUUGACGCGAACAAGUUUUCCGGGAUGUGGAACAUCAUUGUAAUGGGAUCAAAUGACAAGGUAUUCCUGUCCAAGAAGGAUUCCAUGAAGAUGGCUACUGCUAUGGUGACGCCCGCUUCCAAUGGUGACCUGAACAUCAAGUUUGGUUUCCCCAAUCCCAAAGGAGGAUGCCAGAUCAUCGACUCAGUCUUCGUCAAGGGGGCGGUGCCUGGGCAGUUCAGCGAUGCCGACUUUAACCAGAAGAAAAUCCACGUGGUCAAGACCGACUACAAACGCUACGCCAUCCUGUACAUGCAGGUGGAAAGGGAUGGUGUGACCAGUAACAUGCUGCAGCUUUACACCCGAGGCAAGGACCUGGUGGCAGAAGCUGUCCUGAAAAUGCAGAUGUUGGGGCCCAAACUGAAGCUCUAUCCUCAUCAGGGACGCUUGCUCCCCAAGACAGAUGUGUGCAUCAAAGCUCUUACUCAGCCAGGACUUAGGAGAGUGGAAAAGUCGGGCCUAUUUCAAGUUGCCUUCCUAUAUUUGCCCAUAGAAGUGGCCAUUUCCAGUGUAGUGGAUAAAAUAGAAGAAUGGAAACGCUAG